ACCAGAGUGACGUUAAACAUGGCGGAGCUGUUGAAAAUUAGCAGUGAAGUUGAAGAGUUUAAGAAGGAAUAUUUCAACAGAAACAGCCAAGCCGAUGAGAACAGACAGAGGGAAAACCAGGCCGCCACUCGGAUUCAGAGUUGCUUCAGAGCCUGCAAGGUGCGGGCUUACCUCAGCCAUCUGCACAAGAAGGCAGUCAUUAUACAGAAGAUAUGGCGGGGCUUCACAGCAAGGGCACGUUUCAGACAAAUGGUGAAGGCGGCAUAUUUUAUCAUGAAGAUGAAUUUCUACGAGGAGAUGGCGGUCAGGAUCCAGCGGAGAUGGAGAGGAUUCUUUGUGAGGAAGUACAUUCAUAACUUCUACGCACGCAAGCACUAUCUGGAAGGACUUACCAGGAAAAAUGAACUUGUCAGGAUGGAGCUGGAUGAACUUGAGAAGCUCCAGAAGAGAAAGAGAGACUGCUUGGAGAUGGUGAAAGAGCAGACAGCCAAGGUCUACCAAGCUCACCGGUUACACCACCUCCUCAGUACGAAGCAGUGCCCAGGGGUCUUCAACUCUCCAUUCAGGCCAGUCCCCCAUGAGAUGGAACUACUGCUGAGGCAGGUCAAGUACCAACUCCCCACCAGGCUGGCCCCCAGAGGCAAGGCUUAUCCCCUAGGCACGGCUGGCCCAACAGCCCCCAGUUUCCCUGGGACUCUUGGAUCCCCAUGGAUCGAAACCGCUAGAUCCUGCUGUUCCUUAAGGCCCAUACUGCCCCCCAUCGCCAGCAAGAAACAGCAGGGUCUGCUCAGAGAGCCGGGGGAAGUGUGGGAGCAGCGCGUGCAUUGUCCUGACCUGACGUUACGUCUGCAGACCUCUUACACACACCUGGAGGAGGCCCAGAAUCAGCUUCACCAACACGAGGUCAUCAGACUCCCUGCUGGCACAUUAGGAACAGGAAGUAUGCCCCACCAUCUGAACCACAGCAACAAUUCCUUAAAUCAGCCAGCCUACACCAAGAGCGUCAGAUAGGAGAUUACAGACUGACUUCAAGAGGAGCCAUUCAAGACAGUGUUCGCCAACUACGACGUCUUUGAUGAGUGUGCUCAUCUGUCCUCCAAGGCAGGCAGCAUUAUGUGACACACCUCCUCCUGGCCUGAGAAGAUUAAGAGAAGUACCAAUAAAGAUUGCUUAUUGCAUUUCUUA